GCUGAGUUAUGGAGACACAUCACUGUGACACAUGUGGGAAGAGCCUUUCCUCAUCCGGUAACCUCAAGAAGCACAUGAUGAUCCACACUGGAGAGAAGCCCUACAGCUGUGACCUCUGUGGUAAGACCUUUAGCCAGGCUUGCAAUUUCAGAACUCAUAGCAGGAUCCACACUGGAGAGAAGCCCUACAGCUGUGACCUCUGUGGUAAAACCUAUAUACAGACUGGGGCAUUAACAGUUCACCGCAGGACCCACACUGGAGAGAAGCCCUAUAGCUGUGACCUCUGUGGUAAAACCUUUAGACAGGCUGGAGAUUUAACAGUUCACAGCAGGAUCCACACUGGAGAGAAGCCCUACAACUGUGACCUCUGUGGUAAAACCUUUAUACAGACUGGGGCAUUAACAGUUCACCGCAGGACCCACACUGGAGAGAAGCCCUAUAGCUGUGACCUCUGUGGUAAAACCUUUAGACAGGCUGGAGAUUUAACAGUUCACAGCAGGAUCCACACUGGAGAGAAGCCCUACAGCUGUGACCUCUGUGGUAAAACCUUUAGUCAGGCUGGGAAUUUCAGAGCUCAUAGCAGGCUCCACACUGGAGAGAAGCCCUACAGCUGUGACCUCUGUGGUAAAACCUUUAGACAAACUGGGGAAUUGACCACUCACCGCAGAAACCACACUGGAGAGAAGCCCUACAGCUGUGACCUCUGUGGUAAAACCUUUAGCCAAUCCAGUAACCUCAAGAAGCACAUGAGGAUCCACACUGGAGAGAAGCCCUACAGCUGUGACCUUUGUGGUAAAACCUUUAGCCAGACUGACACUUUCAGAGCUCAUAGCAGGAUCCACACUGGAGAGAAGCCCUACAGCUGUGACCUCUGUGGUAAAACCUUUAGUCAGGCUGGGAAUUUUAGAGCUCAUAGCAGGAUCCACACUGGAGAGAAGCCCUACAGCUGUGACCUCUGUGGUAAAACCUUUAGUCAGGCCGGGAAUUUCAGAGCUCAUAGCAGGAUCCACACUGGAGAGAAGCCCUACAGCUGUGACCUUUGUGGUAAAACUUUUAGACGGACUGACACUUUCAGAGCUCAUAGCAGGAUCCACACUGGAGAGAAGCCCUACAGCUGUGACCUUUGUGGUAAGACCUUUAGCCAGGCUUGCAAUUUCAGAACUCAUAGCAGGAUCCACACUGGAGAGAAGCCCUACAGCUGUGACCUUUGUGGUAAAACUUUUAACCGGACUGACACUUUCAGAGCUCAUAGCAGGAUCCACACUGGAGAGAAGCCUUACAGCUGUGACCUCUGUGGUAAAACCUUUAGUCGGGUUGGGCAUUUCAGAGCUCAUAGCGGGAUCCACACUGGAGAGAAGCCCUACAGCUGUGACCUCUGUGAUAAAACCUUUAGCCAGGCUUGCAAUUUCAGAGUCCACAGUAGGAUCCACACUGGAGAGAAGCCCUACAGCUGUGACCUCUGUGGUAAAACCUUUAGCAACGCUAACAAUCUCAGACGUCACCGCAUGUCCCACACUAAAGAGAAACCCUAA